UAAUGCCCUUUACAUUUUUGUCUGAAUUCGUGGACUUUUAUUAUGUACGGUUCUCUGGCGCUGGUUUCCGGCUUCACAGACACAGCAGCAGCAGCAGCAUGGGACCAGGAGCGAAAAUAAACAGACCCAAAACUGAAUUGGCCAAGAAUCUGUUCAAGAGACGCAGGGUUCUGAGUCAAGAGAAGAGGAAGAAGAAGCGGAUCGUAGGAGCCGUGAUCGACCGGGACAUCAUCACCAAACACCAUCUGAAGAAGCGCAGCUCCAGCUCCAGAGCCAACAUCACGCUCUCGGGGAAGAAGAGGAGGAAGCUGAUCAAGCAGCUGGCGCACAUGGAGCGAGAGAAGAUCGCCACCGAAGCGGAGACGCAGAAGACGCUCCCCGCUCCUCCUCCUCCUCCUCCUCUGAAGAAGAAGAAGAAACCCAAGAAAACCAGAAGAGCAGCGGCAGCGAACCACACAGACACGAUGGAUGUGGAAUAAAGGAGUUUACAGAGCCUGGGUUUGGAUGGACUUCAUGGCAUUACAGCCAGAACACACUUGUGUACAUCUGUUGCUGUGUGCGUGUGUGUGUGUGUGUGUGUGUGUGUGUGUGUGUGUGUGUGUGUGUGCGUGUGUGUGUUGAGAAAAAGAAUAAACUUUGUGAGAGAUGCGGUUAGAUUAAGUGGAUCUGUCUACGGUUUCCACAAAAAUAUUCAGCACCACAACUGUUUUCAACAUUCAUAAUAAUCAGAAAUAUUUCUUGAGCAGCAAAUCAGCAUCUUAGACUGAUUUCUGAAGAUCAUGUGUCCCUGCAGCACAGAAGCAGUCAUAAGCAGCAGCUAUAUCUGCAGCAAUAGCCAACAAUACACUGUAUGAGUCACAAUUAUACAUUUCUCUUUUAUGCCAAAAAUCAUUAGGAUAUUAAGAUCAUGUUCCAUGAAGAUAUUUAGUAAAUUUCCUACUGUAAAUAUAUCAAAACUUCAUUUUUGAUUAGUAAUAUGCAUUGUUAAGAACUUCAUUUGAACAACUUUAAAGAUGAUUUUCUCAAUAUUUAGAUUUUUUUGCACCCUCAGAUUCCAGAUUUACAAAUAUUGUCCGAUCCUAACAAACCAUACAUCAAUGGAAAGAUGAUUUAUUCAGAUUUCAGAGAAUGUACCCUUAUCACUGGUUUUGUGCUCCAGGGUCACAUGUUAUUAUGAUUUCUGAAGGUCACGUGACUCUGAAGACUGGAGGAAUGAUGCUGAAAAUACAGCUGCGCAUCACAGAAAUACAUUACAGUUUAACACAUAUUCACACAGAAACAGCUGUUUUAAAUUGUAAUAGUUUUUACUGUAUUUUUGAUCAAAUAAAUGCAGCCCUGAUGAGCAGAAGAGACUUCUUUCAGAAACUGUUGCGCGGAGUGUGUCGCCCUCUAGUGCUGCAGGUGCGCCACAGCACAGCUUCAGUCGCUUCGCCAGACGUGUAUAUCAGUACGAAUUUACUUGCUUUACACACUCAACGUAUUUUACAGCUUCAUAAUUUAAUCAUUAAAGUAUUAAGCGCUGCUGCUGCAGAUGCGCUUCAUGUUUGUGUCCAGCAGGCGGAAGUGACGCGCAAACAGCGCUCAUGACGCAUCACGCUUUCUCUGCAGAAUCAUGGGUAAUGUAGUUUUCACCAAGAAUUCCGCUGUUCAACAUGAUUAUUUUAAAGUUAAGCGGAUAUAAUGCGGGCUGACUGCUUCAACAAAAGCAUAAACCAUCCAUUAACAACCUCGCGGCUCACAGUAAUCAUUAAAGGUUUACAAGUUAACAUUAAAAAUAAACGCCCCUAUGAAGAAAAUGAAUGGGAUUUUUACUUCCGCUUUUUACAACUCGAUAUUAAACGCACUAAUAAAGUACUGAGUGGCACUAAGUGCAAAAAGCCCGACUUGUUAGCAAAGGCUAUUUACACUAAGUCCGCCCACUAACGUGUGAUUUGGGUUCGUCAACACUAAAAAAAGAGCUAAAUCAACAUUAGUUUGAGUGGCGUGGAUGGUCAGACUCGUGCUAUUGACCCGAGUUCGAGUCCGCCUUUUGCCGAACUUUUUUUCUCUCUUUUCAAAUCUCAUCAGAAAGGCAUUUAUUUUAAGUAAAAAUGAAGGAAAUAAUCAAAAAGUUGAAAAUAAGAGGGUAGAUGUAGGGAGGGCUUUAUUGUCCCAAUAAGGUGGCAUCCAGUUAAUAAUUUGAAUUAAAACUAUCAUUUACACUCAAAACGUUAUUAUUGCAUUCUGUUUUAUAAUGUACUACAAUACUGAGGUGCAGAUAAUUGCCACUAUUUGCAAUAAGUUGUAUAAACAGCAGAAAAUCUUGCUAUUUUAACAAAAUGCUAAUAGAAUCUAUAGCUAUUUGCACUUGGUGUAAAUAGCCGCUGCCAAUAAAUUAUGGAGAAGUUUCGUUACUAAAACUUACGGAAGAUGCUUCGCACGCCACCCAAAUGUAGCUUUUUUAAUAUAUGGAUGUGUACAUUGCUAUUUUACGAACUUUUAAAUAAAAAACUUUAUUUCAGAGCAAAGCUAGGUUCAAUGUCAUCAUUUCUUGAGUCAAGUUAUGUAAAAACGUAGUAGUUAUAAUAAUUUAAAAACGUACUUCUCAUUAGAUCUGUGCCCUUAUCGGUGCGUAGUCACUUCUGUAUAAUGUUGUGGAUGUUCUGCGUAUGGAUUGUCUUGAUGGGUAACAACACUAAAGACACAAAAAUAGAGCACUUUGAGUACAUUAUCAGGGACGUGCGAGUUCCUCCGGGGCAGGGCUCAACUGGAAAAUAGGGGCAAUGUUAAAAAAAAAAAAAAGGUCAAAUGUUACGGGUCAAAAGUCUGGAUACAUAAUUAUUUUAUAUUUUUGCAAGGAGUCACUUAUGGUCAUCAAGCCUGCAUUUAUUUGAUCAAAAUUUUAAAUAUACUUUAAAAUACAUUUUAUGCAAUUCUGAUUUAUUAUCAAUGCUGGAAACCU